AUGGUAGGCAGCUCAUUGCUCACUCAGGGCGGGUCUAAGAGGAAAGUCAGUCAAGCAAAAGAAAGAUGUCAGGAAAGAAAAAAACAGUACUCAAAGGAGAAGUUACAGGAGGCAGUUGAGGAAGUAAAGGCAGGAGCAAGUGUAAGGGCAACAGCGAAAAAAUUUGGCAUUCCCCACACCACUCUACAAGACUAUAAAAAAAAUAAAUAUGUCCACAACCCUCAUCCUAAUUCGGCCCUGACACCUGGAGAGAAGAGGCUCUCCUUUCCUUUAUAUUCUUGGUCCAGCUUUAAGGCCCGCCAUCCAGAAUUGGCCUCAAGGACGGCAGAUUCCCUGGACAGAGCCAGAGUCCAUGGUGCUACACCAGAGGCCAUUGAAGGGUUCUUCAAGUUGUAUGAGGCCCUUUAUGUGAAGCACAGUUUGGAGGACAAGCCACAUCUCCUCUACAACUGUGAUGAGACUGGCUUUGGAGACAAGCCUUGGUCCAGGGAGAAGGUCCUGUGUCAGACUGGGAGGAAACACAUCUACCAGCAGCAGCAGAUGACCAGGGAGCACAUCACGGUUCACUGCUGUGUGAAUGCAGCCGGGGACAACAUUCCUCCCUUCAUCAUUUACCCUGGCUGCCUCCCAAGUAACGCGUAUAGGCUGGAUGGGCCCCCCAAUGCCCUCUAUGGCAUCCAGGAGAAGGGUUACAUGGACUCAGAGCUCUUCCUGAAAUGGCUCCACCAUUUUAUCAGGUAUGCUCCUGAGGAGAGACCACUAAUUUUAAUCAUGGACCAACACGAGACACAUGUCUCAAAAGACGUAAUCAUGUUCUGCAGAGAAAACAAAAUUGAAAUUCUCUGCCUACCUGCCCACACCACACACAUACCGCCCCUGGAUAUUGCGGUUUUCAACCCCCUGAAGACUGCUUUCUCCACCAUG